UGCAUUAACAAUUUAGUCUAAUAUUAGCCGUGAUUGGCAGUUGAACAUGUAACUGGAUCAUAAUUGAACAAAUUUAUGAAGCAAAUAAAUCAAACAAAAGUGUAAACAAAGACACAUAAAUACCGUUAUCAAAAAAAUAAAAAACAGUUAACUAGAGGUCCCACGAAGCUCAAUAUCUUAAUUAAAUAAAUAAUUCACACAAAAGUUAAAAAAUGGGUUCCGCUUGCUCCAGAGAUCCGCCCGCGACUGCUAAGGAUGAGCCACAAUUUUCAGGGAAUGUAGGCUAUGACACUGUGGAUACGCCUAACAGCAACAAUAGCUGUUUAUUGGCGGUGAAAUUUGUGAGUGGAGAAAAAAUCAGAGUUUUCAAAUACGUAAGCGACAAAGACGACUGGUCGAUCUGUCAUGAAAUACCUGUUGGCGGCAUUUUUCGUACACUGAUCGUGCAACAAUAUAUGCUUUUUAUAGACUGGGUGGAUGCAAGACGAAUUUGUUGUUAUGACACAACAACGCGUGCCAUACGCACUUUGGACCCAUUCAAGGAAGACGUCUUUCGAUAUUAUUUCGCCGCAGAGUUUCAGAACAAACUUUAUCUCUUCGCCGAUGUCGAGGAUAAGCGGAAAGUGCAUGUUUGGGAUCCCGCCAAAGAUCGCUGGAGUGAGGCGCCCAAAUUGAAUGUUGGACGAGUGCAUGCCGCAGCAGUCUCACAUCGCGGUUACUUGUAUGUGGCAGGUGGUAGCAAAAGUUUCCCACACAACACGGAAUUGCGUUCGGUAGAGCGCUACGAUCCACGAGGUCGCAGUUGGAAACGCUGCGCUGAUCUGGUGCAGGCGCGCUGUGCGGCGGGUUUGGUCUCUGCCGGCGCUUUUCUCUACAUUGUGGGCGGUGAGUGUUCGGAGAUACCCACAAAUAUGGUGGAGCGUUAUGACGCGCAGCUCAAUAAAUGGACGCAGUUGAUGUGCAUGGAAAUACCCAAACAUUAUCCGGCCUGUGCGUACUACAACAAUUGCCUGCUGGCUUGCGGUGGUCCAGCCAUAGACCAAGAUUGUAAAAUCGUCGAGGAGUUCAAUGAAGCGGAGAAUAAGUGGCGGCGAAGAAAUAGUAUGCCCACGCAGGGACCUUACUCAUACAUGAUUGUAACGCCGGCGUGGCUCAGACAAUUGGAGUCGUUGAAUUAACCAUCUUAUAUUAUUUAAAUAUUUUUUUUUAACUUUUUUUACUAGUUUAAAGUUUUUAU